AUGAUAGAACCCUCUGAAGACUCAUUUGAGACGAUGAUGGAGCAUAAGAAUCCAUCAUCAAAACAAAUGGAGUCCUCCGAGGGCUCAUCCAACACCACUGUGGAGACAUCUGGCAGCCAAGUGCAGGAAGCGUUGGAGCCAGCCAGUGGCCCAUCCCAGGAAAGAAAAGAGCCACCCAGUGGCUCACUCCAGGAAAUGGAAGAGCUGCCCAUUGAUCUACUCCAAGACAUGGAGGAGCCAUCCAGUGGCCCACAUCAGGAAAUAGAGGAUCCACCCAAUGACCUACUCCAAGACAUGGAGGAGUCAUGCAAUGGUUCACGCCAGGAAAUGGGGGAUCCACGCAAUGAAACAUCUGGUAGAAUGGAAGAACCAUCAGUCAACCCACGUGGAGCCCAGGAUGAGCAAGAGAGCGACACUGACCUGUCUGAAUCUAGCGACGAUCAGGAUACCGACGAGCAAAACCUAGGGAAGUUCUCUGAGGAAGAGAUGCUGGCCGCAGUGAGUUCCAUUACCUCUCUGUACUACCAGAUGCAAGACCUCAGAGAACAACAAAGAGUGGCAGAAGAGAUCUUGAUGAAUGGGAUCCACAAUGGCCAACUGCCUCUCCCAUUACCCUUCACUGGUGAUCGCAGAGAAUAUCGCGAGUUCAUUGUUCUCUGCCAACUGAUCUUACAAAACUACCCAAGGAUGUUCUCCAAUGACCGGCUGCGCGUUGGGUACGUUAUCACUCACCUCUCUGGCUUGGCCUUAGACUGGGCCAAGGUUCUCCUGCAGGAUGACAGUCCUCUGAUAAGUGACUUCUCGGGCUUCCUGGGGGCCAUGUCCAGUGUGUUUGAGUACCGGCAGGCACUUCGAAUGGCUGAAGAGGCCAUGUUCAACAUCAAGCAGAGGAAUCGCCCUGCUGCAGCCUACAUCAAUGAGUUCCGGAGUCUGGUGCCCAUCCUGGGCUGGCCAGACGAAGUCCUGCAGGCCCACCUGUGCCAAGGGCUCAACGAGGAGAUCAGGCACUAUUUGUUCCGGGUUCCUCAGCCAGACAGUCUGGAGAGCCUGAUUGUGCUCGUCCUGCAAAUAGAAGAGAAGCUGGCAGAGAGAAGAGCGCUACUCAGGCUGCCUCCAGAAGCCCGCCCACGCAACCUGACCUGGAUCGACUCACCUUCUCCAGAGAGGUGGAUGGUGAGCAGCUGGUUGCCCUCUGAUGUCCAUCCCACCAUCGAGAGGGCCCACAUCUUUCUGCUGCUCAUGGUGAGAGUCAGCCCCUACCACAGUGUUGCAGUCCAGGCCCUGGUCGACUCAGGGGCAGGCUCCAACUUCAUGGAUGAGCGGUUUGCCCAAGAGCACUACGUGGAGCUCUACGAGAAGCCAUACCCCCAGCAAAUCCAAACCAUGGACGGCUCACUGAUUGGCGACGAGCCUGUGUGGCUCUACACUGAACCCCUGGUAUGCAUCCAUCAGAACCACCAGGAGUACAUCGAAUUUGACAUCAUUCCUUCACCCAACUUCUCCGUGAUCUUAGGCGUUGACUGGCUCCGAACGCACACCCCCGAAGUGGACUGGAUCAAAGGCCGCUGCACCUUCCACUCUCCCUACUGCCUGCAGAACUGCUUCCGCCCACCCCCGCCAUGCAUCGCGCUGGAAAGACAAGGCCUGAGCCUGCUCCCCGGACUGCCGCCCCCAUACUCCGACCUGGCCGACGUGUUUAACCCGAAAGAAGCAGAUGAUGAGACUUCCGACCAGCCAAGCUCAGACGGAUCCGAUGAUCUUUCUGAAUCAGAGCCCUCUGAGCUUCAGCAGGCUGGAGACAGUGAUCACGAUGAGGUCUUUUACGAAUGCCCCUCCACUGCGUCGUGGGAACCUGUAGGUACUGGGAUGCAAGACAGAGCCAGGCUGCACGAUGACUACUGGGACCCGCGAGACAUGCUGACCAACAGACAGGACUACAUACAGAUGAUUCCAGAACUGUUUGACCAGUUACACGGAGCUACAUGGUUCACAAAACUGGAGCUGCGUGGGACCAUUGUGGAGGAAAGCAUGAAAAUACACCAAGCAGAAGACGUAUGGAGAGCAGCAUUCGGGUUGGAGUUUCCAGAGAUGAACAGUUACCAGCCUUUCCAGAUCUCCUCAGACCCUAUCAUACCUCAGAGCGUGAUUCACUACAUCCUCCAGGGCAUGCUAGGUUACUUCGUGCUCUCUUAUGGGCGGGAUGUCCUGAUCUACUCAAUGAGUCAAGAGGAACACCCCCACCAUGUUCGCCAAGUCCUGGUCCGCUUCCGGAGGCACAACAUCUACUGCUCCCUGGACAGGAGCCAGUUCCACAGAAAUACCAUCGAAUUCCUGGGAUUCGUCAUCACCCCCAAAGGGGUAAAGCUGAAUAAAAGCAUCGUCACCACCGUGACAGGGUACCCCAUCCCUGGUUCUAAGAAGUCCCUGCGACACCUGAUAGAAUUCGUCUUCCCCUACCGGCACUUUGUUGAGCGCUUCAUCAUCGUCAUUGAGCCCCUCCUUCGACAGCUGCUCUACAACCGGGGCUUCUACUGGGGCGAUGAGGAGCAAGAGGCCUUCGAGUGCCUGAAGAGGGCUUUCCGGAAGGCGCCCCUUCUCCACCACCCAAAGCCCCAGAACCCCUUCUUCUUGGAGACCGGCAUCACCAAGACGUCCAUACACGCUGCCCUGAUCCAAGUAGAUGACCAGACUGGUAAAAAGGUCUACUGUGCUUUCUACUCCCGAAACAUCUCGCCUAUCGAAGACGACUACUCUCGACUGGAGAUGAGGAUCCUCCCCAUACGGGCUGCCUUCACGGUGUGGUGCCGCUACCUGGAGAACACCGAGGAGCCCAUCAUGAUCCUUCUCAACACAGAGGAUCUAGCCUCUCUGAAUAAUGACAGGCUCACCGUACUUCUCCCCGGGCAUUGGGUCUUCUUCUUCUCCCACUUCAACUUUGACGUCAUGGAGUGGCCAAUCCAAGAUGGCCACCGGGUGCGGCUGCCUCACAGGAGCCACCGCCUGGAAGCUCAGCCCCUGCUGCUGUUCUCCACCACGGCAUUCCCGAGUGGCCAGGUAUCAGCAUCCCGGCAAGAAGGGGAGAACGGAGAUGCACUACACCAGGGCCAGCCAAGUGGGCAGGACGGCCAGCAGGAGAUACUGGCUCUGCUACCAAUUGACCAAAUAAUCAACACCUUCCUCAUCCAACUUGGUGCUGCCCAGGUGAGAGCGGUCGUUCUGCACUUCUUACGGAGCCUCCUGCUCUGGCAGAACACCCUGGCCCUGGCCACCAUCCUUCUGCUGCUCAAGCUGAGGCCAUGCCUCCAGCAGCUAAUGGCAUCAGCCCCAUUAGUGGCUCAGCCCCGACCCAGGCUCCCAAUGCGCCUCAUCCUGGACUCGUCCCUCAUCGCCAGCAGUGGCAUGGCCACCGCCAUAGCUGAUCUCCUCAUCCAGAUGCCACCCCUCGUGGGUGCCAACACCAUCCCAUCCCAAGAGCUGGCAGAGCUGUUCCUGGGCCCUGGCCACUGGCAGAGCAACGCCCUGUGCCCCCAGGACUACCGAGGCCUGCAGCUGACCCCCGGCUUCUGGCUGAUGCUGUGUGAGUUCUUUGGUGUCAGACUCACCCCCGGAGAGGAAAGCUACCCGGUCCCACGCGAGCAACGCUACCUGGAAUUGCACGUCAUUAACGAUGAGAAUGUCGUCUUGCGAGAAGCCCGGCAGGGCGACCUGCAACGUUACCGUCAAGGUGGCCUGCAUGACGGCCUGCAAGACACCCCGCAGGACGAACAAGAGAGCGCUGUGCAAGAGGCCCUGCCGAGGGACACCGCCACUGUGGCCCUCCCCAUCCCGCGACACAGCCAGGCCCACCCCGCCAUCCUUGCCCUCCUGCGCCACGCUCGAGCUGCUGAAGGGCGGCCAGGCCUGCUCACUCGGGGGCUGCUGGCCAGGCUCCUGAUUCGUUUUCUGAGGGUGACGAGAGCCCAGGCUGCCCCCAGCACUGUGCGGGCGAGCCCACCCAAGGAAGAAGCAAGCCUGGAAGAACUACCCAAUGACAAUGAAGACACAGACCUCGACUGA